AUGUCACAGACACUGGAUCUUCAAUCCCUCGAAAUUCUCGUUAUAGACGAAGCAGACCUCAUACUAUCGUAUGGACACGCUCAGACCAUGAACACCCUCCUCUCUUCCACCUCGGUGAGCACCACCGGCCCAGCAGACUCGACGUCAGCAAAACAAAAGAAAGGCAACUACCUUCCACCUGUCUUUCAAUCCCUUCUCAUGUCGGCCACACUCACCGCCGACGUGACCGUCCUAAAAUCUUUGGUCCUUCGCAAUCCGGCCAUUCUCACCCUGACAGAGGAAGACGACGAAGAAUCAAAGAGUCUCCUUUCGCAAUAUGUCCUACAUUUGCCCACGGAGAUCGACAAGUUCCUAUACAUCUAUGUUAUUCUUAAACUUAAACUUAUCAAGGGGAAGGCAAUCUUGUUCGUCAAUGAUGUGGAGAGAUGUUAUCGACUCAAACUGUUCCUGGAGCAGUUCAGUAUAAGGGCAUGCGUGCUCAACAGGGAGCUCCCGAUCAAUUCAAGGCUGACAGAAUGUAGAUAUCACACGAUCGAAGAGUUCAACAAAGGCAUAUAUGAAUAUAUUAUUGCGACCGACGAGAGUGGAGGAAGGAAUGAAGAGUUCGAUUCCGACGUAGAGGAGGAAGCUGAUGAUAUUGUAGAGGUCGCUCAGACGCAGAGAGCUGUUGCCACAGCGGAUGAUGAGAGAGCAGACCCAUCAUCGCCCAAGAAACGUAAACUGGACGAAGUCAAAGAUGAAGAUGUAGAUAUGGAUGAUGAAUCACUUCCAAAAAAGCGUCAAAAAGUCAAACGAGAUCAGGGCAAGAAGAAACCAGCUAAAGGAGAGGAGAAAGAGUACUCUACCUCCCGUGGAGUGGACUUUGUCAAUGUUGCUUGUGUGGUCAAUUUCGAUCUACCCCUGUCAAGUGACAAGUCCAAG